AUGACUCAAACACCACCUCUGGCAAAACCACCUGGAUACAGAGAGCCAGGCCUCCCAGUUCAGAAGCCACCAGAACCCUUGGGAAAAGGAAACCUUCCACCUUCAUUUUACACAGAGGAGGAGAAGCGCAGGGGUUGUUGUUUCAGAUGCUGCUGCUGCCUCUUCAUCUUCAUUAUCCUCCUCACUCUCUUCUUCAUCUCAUUUGGGGGAUUUCUCUACCUUUGGUACGAGCCCAGAGCCCCCCUUUUCUCCCUGAAAUCUUUCCAGGUCAACGAAUUCAACAUCACCAGCACCGCUGAUGGCCCAACACUCCAUUCAAAAAUGUCUGCCAGCUUGGAGUUCAAGAACGCAAAUACGAACAUCAGGAUGGUGUAUGACAGGAUAGCCCUGUCCUGGUACAGUGAUGACAUUGCUUCAGGGGAGCUUGGUCAAGACACAGUGCCAGGGUUCGUUCAAGAGCCAAAUAAUGUGAGGGUUGCCAAGUUUUCCAUGAAGGGGAAUCUGCCUCUGGAUGGUUCAAGUGUGAAGAAGGUUACGGAUAGAAUCAGGGCCAAGAGCUUAAUGACUCAUGUGGAGGUCAGAACUGGGAUUGGGAUGGUUUUAAGCGGACUGAAAAUUGGCACCGUUGAGGUCAAACUAGCAUGCGAAGCCUCCAGUUUGAAGCACAUUCAGGAAGGUGCCAUGCCCAAAUGCAAGGUUUUUGUAUUCCGCCUGUAA